GUGGAAACGGGAAUAUCUUACAAACCUAAGAGAGUUUCACAAGGUUGGCGUGUCUGCGAAAGGAUCUGUGAUUGUGAAGCCUGGAGAUGUGGUCAUUGUGUUUGCGCAGGGAAAGAAAAGGGGGGAGUGGAAGACAGGUGUUGUGCAUGAGUUGAUUCAUGGCAAGGAUAAUGUUGUACGUGGUGCUAAGGUGUAUGUGAUGACAAAUGGUCGAAGGCAACUCUUAAGCAGGCCUUGUCAGCAUUUGUACCCUGUUGAGGUAAAGAAAGGGGAUGAAAUCAAGGAAGUUGGUGAGGUGAAUUUGGAUGUGGUUAAGAGAAAGGUCGACGGUACAGAGAGGCGACAAAAAAGGAGUGCUGCAAUAGACGCAAGGUGGAAAACAAAGGCGAUGCUUGACUC